GCAGAUUAAUGAUUUUGUUACUUGUACAGUAGAUAUUUGUUUGUUUGAACUAAGAAGCAAAACCUUGGUUUUCCAGGAGGAGGUGAGACCGAAUCAUGAACUAGUUCAGAGCCUCAUCUCCACUCAUUCUACCAUUGAUGCUAAGAUGGCUUCCAGUAAGGUGUCUCUCUUCAUGGACUCCAGGCCAUUAGAUUCAGAAGACAUAGAAAGACAAGAGUUUGUGAUGCCAAAAGAAGAGAGAGCAGUUGAUGUGAAGACUGGAAGAGUACGUCGGAAAGCAAUAUUUGAUGAAGAAAAAGAAAAUCAUGAUGCAGUAAGUGACGAGGAAGAUGACCAAGAAGAAGAAGAAAUGUCUGAGGAUGGAAGUGAUGGUGAUGACGAAGAUGAUGCUGAAGAAGAAAGUGACAGGGAGAUUUUAGGGGAAGAGGUGGUUGUUGGAAGUGCCAAACGCCUAAAAAGAGAGGUGACUAAAGAAGAAGCUGUGAAUGAGUUGCCAGCAUUUGCAGACAGUGAUGAUGAUCUUGAGGUGAGUUCUGAAGGAGAAGGAAAAACUGCCCCUGAAGAAAGUGAUAUGGAGGGAGAAGACAGUGAAGAACAAGAAUCAUAUGAAAAUGAAAGUUCAGAUAGUGAAUUUGAAGGUGUGAGGAAAGGAGUAACUAAAUCUGAGCAGUAUGAAAUAAAUAGAGAGGAUGAAGAAAUGAGAUCACAAAUUUCAUGUCACAAUCUGAAGAAAAAAGCCGUUCUCACUACAGAUUCUGGAAAUUGCACAGCAGAAGAGGCAUCAGAAUCUGAGGUUGAAAACUCUUCCAUGGAAGAGGGAGGAGAUGAUGAAGGAUCACAUGGUGAAUCAGAAGUUGAUGCUUUGGACGGAAAAGGAUUUCGGCAAACUCGAGAGAAGAAAAUGGGUAGUGUUAAACAGACUGAACUUAAAGCUGUAGAAGAUGAGGAGGAUGAUGAUGUUGAGAAUCUUCUGAAGGAGGAAGAGGAAUACGAAGAGAAGAUAGAUUUUUCUGCUGACACAGCAG